AUGGCAGCCCAUGCAGUCGAAUCCAUACAGAACUCACUUGCAAAGGAUAGUGGUGUGCUCCCACUUGCAAAGAACUGUGUUGUGGUGUGCUCCCAUUUGCAAAGAAUCAUGCUCCCAGGAAAACUUUUAAGUUUCACCAUCCCUUCAUUUGAAGCCCUUACUCAAUUUGGUGUUGCUACAGUCUCUGCUGAAAAUAUUGCUACAUGGUUAGGUGGUGUUGUGUUCAUGAUCAGAGUCCUCUGUUGUACAUGUGGAUUGUGGUGGUCAUCAGAAACUGUCGCUGUGGUGACUAGUGGGAGCAGAGGAAUAGGAUUUGAGACAGCGAGACAACUUGCAGACCAUGGAUUAACAGUUAUCCUGACAUCACGAGAAAGUAGCACUGGUCUUGAAGCUGCCAAUGUCCUGAAAGAGUUGGGUUUGAGUGUGGAUUUCCAUCAACUUGAUGUCCUAGAUUCUUUAUCCAUCAAGAAAUUUGCUGAGUGGAUAGAACAAACUUAUGGUGGAAUAGAUGUUCUGGUGAAUAAUGCUGGUGUUAAUUACAAUCUUGGGGCUGACAAUUCAGUUGAACAUGCCCAGAAUGUUGUUGCUACAAACUAUUAUGGUACCAAAAAUGUCACUCAAUCUCUGAUUCCUUUGAUGAGACCUUCUGCUGUAGGUGCUCGUAUUGUUAAUGUAAGUUCACGGCUUGGAAGACUAAAUGGCAGACGAAAUGUAAGGAAUACUUUCCAUCUCCCUUAG